AUGACGGAAACUACCGAAACAGCGGCUGCCAGUGCAGUCAAUGGCAGUCCGCCCAAUAGCAGCUCCGCUGAAACCGCCGCCUCUAAAAAGGAUUCAGAAAGCUCUGAAACUAAUGCCAAAAAUACCUCAAACUCUUCAAACUCCUCCUCCUCCUCCUUGUCGACGACCGUCACCACGAGCACUGCCAACGCCAAUAUCAGCACUUCUGCCGCCGCCACGACCACCACGACCACUUCAGUUCCUGAGAACGCGCAGCUGAUCAGUCGAACGACGAAUCAGGUGCAGACGCAGCAGGUGAAGACCAUCACCAAGGUCUACACGACGCGGGAGAUUCGCCACAUUGGCCCGGACGGGCUGCCGGUGGCCGACCAGCCGCCGUACAGCGAGACUACGACGGCCACCACCACCACAGCAGCAGCGGCAGGCAAUGACUACACCAACUUUCCCGGGCCCAGAGAAGGUGCCGGUGGCAAUAGUAGUGCAGUACCAACAAGCAAUGGCGGCGGUAACGUCCUCAACGAGCAGUACAGCGGCGCACAGUUUGCCGGGGAUUCCGGGGCGCACACCUACAGCAACACCAACUUUCACCAGCAGCAGCAGCAGGCGGCUCAGAAUCUGAUGGCGCCCUCGCCCAGCCCAGCUGGUUCAGGAGGAUCGACGGCCAACACCGGCAGUACGGCCACCUUCACCACUGCUGGCGGCCCCGCCGUACAGCCGCCUCGGCCGAUGCAGUACGACCCCUAUGCGAGGAACAGCCAGAUUGGCUACGGCGACUACUCCAACUUUAACAACUAUCAGGAUUUGGGCCAUCUGGAACAGGCAGCAG